UAUUCAAAGCAAUUAACAUUAGUUAACAUUAUUUUAGUUUAAAACAAGCAUGAGCCGAACCUUGCACAUGAAAAGGGAGGCAAAAUCAUCGCAAAGUCAACGGUUAGCCUAACAGUUAAGUUACUAACCUAGCGUAGCACGCACUUCAGGGAUGGAUGGGUUUGGAGCCAUUACACGAGACUGAAACAACGUAACGUCAGAAGCUAACGUUAAGCAGAAAACAGGUCUGCAGCAGUAAUUAGCUGAGAGAAAUAGCGAGGAUAGUCCGUUUCAAGUCAAGUCAAGUGACGAGGUUAACUAGCCUGUUAACAAGCAAGCUGGCUCGCUUACUCCCCAUCGGCUAACAGUAAUGUUAACGCUACCGUUACAUAUUUGGUGGUGGUGACUUCGGUUGACAAGCUACAAGCAGGAGCUCAAGCAAAUACACUUACUGCGAAAGUCAGUAUCUCCAUUAAAGGUGCACCCAGUCAUCCACAUGACCCACGAAGCUCAGCCGCCAUCCAACUGAUACUCUCCUUUCGAGUUUCGAGCCCAAACACUCCCCUGACGUCACCCAAGGUGGGGUGGGAAAAGGACAAUCCACUUCUACAUUACCAGAUUAACUGCUUUUAAUGGGGUGUCCACUGAUGCUGUGUCUGGCCACCCUUCUCUUCAUGAAUGGGGUGGCAACCAGAGAAACUACUUACAUGAGAACAACAGAUACAUUUACUACAUCAGAACUACCAGGUUCAGCCUUGUUUCCAGUGGGACCUGGAGCGACACAACUUUCCCUCAGUGAUGGACAAUAUCAAACCAUUCAUCUGCUGCAACCCUUCAAGUAUGCUGGAAAAACAUACAGUCAGUUCUAUCUGAGUAUGGAUGGUUAUGUUGCUUUCUUCAUUCCAAACAUCGAUGAUGCACUACCAAACCGCUAUCUCGGCCAAGACAUCAUCGCUCCACUGUGGGCUGAUUUGGAAGUUCACCAUAGAGGAAGAUGGACCUACGAGCAGGCCACAAGCGGGUCUCUUAUAGAUCAGGCUAACCGAGAAAUUGCUAGGAUGUCCCCAUAUGUGCCCUUUUCUGCUUCCUGGGUUUUUGUUGCCACUUGGGAAAAUGUACCCGUUGAAUAUUCUGAGCUCCAGUUGGCAUCAUUUCAAGUCGUCUUGGCCUCAGAUGGUGGAGACCGCUCUUUUGUCCUGAUGAACUAUGGGACCAUUCCCUACAUUCCUUCUAAUUACUGGCUGGCCGGCUAUUGCAUGGAGAACAGACAUUUUGUCACCCUUCCAGUAAACUAUGCCUAUGAGCUGUCAUCAGCUAGUAAUGUUAAUAUCCCUGGACGUUGGGCUAUUGAAUUUACAGAUCCAUCAAGUACAACAGCACCACCAGCUUCAACAACAACUCCAAUAAUAACCACAACAGCUCCAACAACAACUCCAAUAAUAACCACAACAGAUACAUUUACUACAUCAGAACUACCAGGUUCAGCCUUGUUUCCAGUGGGACCUGGAGCGACACAACUUUCCCUCAGUGAUGGACAAUAUCAAACCAUUCAUCUGCUGCAACCCUUCAAGUAUGCUGGAAAAACAUACAGUCAGUUCUAUCUGAGUAUGGAUGGUUAUGUUGCUUUCUUCAUUCCAAACAUCGAUGAUGCACUACCAAACCGCUAUCUCGGCCAAGACAUCAUCGCUCCACUGUGGGCUGAUUUGGAAGUUCACCAUAGAGGAAGAUGGACCUACGAGCAGGCCACAAGCGGGUCUCUUAUAGAUCAGGCUAACCGAGAAAUUGCUAGGAUGUCCCCAUAUGUGCCCUUUUCUGCUUCCUGGGUUUUUGUUGCCACUUGGGAAAAUGUACCCGUUGAAUAUUCUGAGCUCCAGUUGGCAUCAUUUCAAGUCGUCUUGGCCUCAGAUGGUGGAGACCGCUCUUUUGUCCUGAUGAACUAUGGGACCAUUCCCUACAUUCCUUCUAAUUACUGGCUGGCCGGCUAUUGCAUGGAGAACAGACAUUUUGUCACCCUUCCAGUAAACUAUGCCUAUGAGCUGUCAUCAGCUAGUAAUGUUAAUAUCCCUGGACGUUGGGCUAUUGAAUUUACAGAUCCAUCAAGUACAACAGCACCACCAGCUUCAACAACAACUCCAAUAAUAACCACAACAGCUCCAAAAACAACUCCAAUAAUAACCACAACAGAUACAUUUACUACAUCAGAACUACCAGGUUCAGCCUUGUUUCCAGUGGGACCUGGAGCGACACAACUUUCCCUCAGUGAUGGACAAUAUCAAACCAUUCAUCUGCUGCAACCCUUCAAGUAUGCUGGAAAAACAUACAGUCAGUUCUAUCUGAGUAUGGAUGGUUAUGUUGCUUUCUUCAUUCCAAACAUCGAUGAUGCACUACCAAACCGCUAUCUCGGCCAAGACAUCAUCGCUCCACUGUGGGCUGAUUUGGAAGUUCACCAUAGAGGAAGAUGGACCUACGAGCAGGCCACAAGCGGGUCUCUUAUAGAUCAGGCUAACCGAGAAAUUGCUAGGAUGUCCCCAUAUGUGCCCUUUUCUGCUUCCUGGGUUUUUGUUGCCACUUGGGAAAAUGUACCCGUUGAAUAUUCUGAGCUCCAGUUGGCAUCAUUUCAAGUCGUCUUGGCCUCAGAUGGUGGAGACCGCUCUUUUGUCCUGAUGAACUAUGGGACCAUUCCCUACAUUCCUUCUAAUUACUGGCUGGCCGGCUAUUGCAUGGAGAACAGACAUUUUGUCACCCUUCCAGUAAACUAUGCCUAUGAGCUGUCAUCAGCUAGUAAUGUUAAUAUCCCUGGACGUUGGGCUAUUGAAUUUACAGAUCCAUCAAGUACAACAGCACCACCAGCUUCAACAACAACUCCAAUAAUAACCACAACAGCACCCUGUCAGAUCUUGAACUGUGCUUGGGAUGAAGUCUGUAGGCAAAUAAAUGGAGUUUAUGGCUGUGCCUGUAGGUACAUUACAACGAGCAGCCCGAAUAUUUAUGGCGCCAUUGAAACAUGCUCAGGUAGUAAUGGAUCACUGUCUCUGUCUCAGUGUCAGCUCUUUGAGGCUGGAUAUUCUGUGGAAGUUCUCCAUCUUAAUGACCCAAGCUGCAAAGGAGAGAUCCAAAAUAACAGGCUGAUCUUCAAAUUUGACAGUGAUGCUAACACGUGUGGCACAACUCUGGAGAAUAAUGCCACACACAUCAUCUUCAAGAACAGUGUUGGGUCACCUAACACGACAGGUAUAAUCAGUCGUACUGGUGGGAUCAACAUCACCUUUUCUUGUGUGUAUCCAAUCAUCCAGAGCAUCUCCAUGCCCACGGACAUGGAAGUGAUAGGAGGUGUAAUCAGCAAGCAACUGUCCACUGAGGGCACAUACCAGAUCCACAUGAAACCGUAUACCGAUGCUACAUUCUUGGUUCCAUACUCUGGCAAUGUGACCCUAGAAGUGAACCAUGAGAUGUAUAUAGCGGUGGAAGUGGAUCAGUUUGACAGCACUCAGAUCGCUCUUGUGCUGGACAACUGCUGGGCCACACCAGUCAACCAGACUGACUAUUCUGUCCGCUGGGACCUGAUCAUUAAGGAGUGUCCGAACCCCAAUGAUGGCACGGUGUCCGUGUUGCGGAACGGUGUCUCCACAUCCAGCCACUUCUCUUUCAGGAUGUUCACAUUCACUGGCUUCUCCGUCAAGAUCUACUUGCACUGCCAAGUCCACCUCUGUUUGCAGAAGACAGGCAACUGUGCACUGCCAUGCCCUCGACAUCUUUCCAGAAGACGCCGAUCUGUAGAUUUCUACGACUCAGCUGCCAUUACCAUGAAAUUCUGAUUUGUUAGCUUGAAACCUACAGUGCUACUAUGUUAAUUCUUUAAUCUCUGCUCUAUGUUUGUUUAUUAAUUAUUGCUUGGAUUUAAUCAUGUAUGAAAAUGAUAUACAUUUUUUAACUACAUUUGAAGUGAUUGUAUUCCUCUAUACUUCCCUUAAUCAGUCAAAAUAAA